AUACGGUAGAUCGACCGCAAUUUCGAUGUAUAAUAUAUAAGUAUUAUGCUGAAGGAUAGAUUAACCGGCUAAAUUUGACAGCUACAGCCACAGAACAAUAUCUACAACAAAUCCAUACAGACUGCUCUAAUAAGUCAACUGCUAUGACAGUGACAGCUAUGAUUUAUUGCAUUGGUUCCACAACUGCAAGGCUCGAUUUAUAAUUGCCGUCUGUGAUUUUCAUUUCAACACACCAAUAUUUCUUUUCUGUCGCAGUUCCUUUUAGCGAAUGAUAUUUAUUUGGUUUUUCGUGAAUUAUGACUGACACCGAAGUCCAGAAUGGUCUUUCUGGCGAACAGCCACAGGAGAAGACUGCUAAACAACUAGAAAAGGAGGCAAAAAAGGCCGCAAAAUUGGAGAAACUCAAGGCAAAAUUGGAUAAGAAAAGUGCAACGCCUGUAGUGCAGAAAGAAAAACCAGAGAAAAAGGUUAAGGAAACAAAAGAAAGUGCAGUAUAUUCAGCUGACACUAAACCUGGAGACAAAAAGGAUAUAUCAGGAUCUAUUCCUGAUGCAUACAGCCCACAAUAUGUAGAGGCUGCAUGGUACGCCUGGUGGGAGAAGCAAGGCUUCUUUAAACCAGAAUAUGGGCGAAAAUCCAUCCUAGACCCGAAUCCAAAAGGUAAAUUUGUUAUGGUCAUACCCCCGCCCAAUGUGACCGGCAGCUUACAUCUGGGGCACGCACUCACAAACGCUGUGGAAGAUGCUAUCACUAGAUGGCAUAGGAUGAAUGGCCGUACGACACUGUGGAACCCAGGCUGUGACCAUGCCGGUAUUGCGACACAAGUUGUUGUGGAGAAGAAAAUAUGGAGAGAAGAGAAAAAAACCAGACACGACAUUGGGAGAGAAGACUUCAUUAAACGCGUUUGGGAAUGGAGAAACCAAAAAGGCGACAGAAUCUACGAGCAACUCCGUUCACUGGGCUCUUCAUUCGACUGGUCCCGUGUACGAUUCACCAUGGACCCGUCCAUGUGUCGCGCCGUCAACGAAGCCUUCGUCCGGCUCCAUGACGCCGGCGACAUCUAUCGGGCCAACCGUAUGGUGAACUGGUCUUGUACACUCAAGAGUGCUAUAUCUGAUAUCGAAGUGGACAAGGUCACGAUCGCUGAAAGAACUCUGCUAACGAUACCUGGAUAUGAACAAAAGGUGGAGUUCGGCGUUCUGGUGUUGUUCGCGUACAAAGUUGAAGGUUCUGAUGAGGAGGUGAUUGUGGCCACCACGCGCGUCGAGACGAUGCUCGGGGACGUUGCCGUGGCUGUACACCCUAAUGAUGAAAGGUACAAACAUCUGAUUGGGAAACACUUGGUGCAUCCAUUCUGCCAGCGAAAGCUUCCAGUCAUCGCGGAUGAUUAUGUGGACAUCAACUUCGGAACCGGUGCUGUAAAGAUCACACCGGCACACGAUCCAAACGACUACGAGAUUGGCAAGCGACACAAUUUGCCAUUCAUCACCAUCUUUGAUGAUGAAGGCAGGAUGCUGGACAACUGUGCUCAAUUCUCUGGCAUGAAACGUUUCGACGUGCGCCGCAAUGUGAUCAAAGCUCUCGAGGAUUUGAAGCUGUACCGCGAGACGAAGAGCAACCCCAUGGUUGUGCCGCUGUGCAGCCGCUCCAAGGAUGUGGUCGAACCCAUGCUCAAGCCACAGUGGUAUAUAAAAUGCGACAAAAUGGCAGCUGAAGCUAUUAAGGCAGUGAAGAGUGGAGAGUUGAAGAUCAUUCCGGAAGUGCAUGAGAAGAUAUGGUACCACUGGAUGGAGGAGAUCCGUGAUUGGUGCAUCUCCAGGCAGCUGUGGUGGGGCCACCGAAUACCGGCCUACCGUGUUAUAGCCCCCAUACAGGACGAGGAUCGAGUGGAUCAAACGAAAACGGCCCCGCGCCGUCGCCGAACGCGCUCCGGUCGUAAGAAGAGCUGCCGAAUCCGCGCACGACGGCUGCUGCCCCCAAGCGGUACUACUAAAACACAAGAAGAGAUCUGGGUAUCAGCUCAUACGGAAGAAGAGGCUCUCUCCAAAGCUGCUGUCAAAUUAGACGUUCCCAAAGAUCAAAUAAAGCUGGCCAGGGAUGAGGAUGUAUUGGAUACGUGGUUUUCAUCAGGACUGUUCCCCUUCUCGAUCUUCGGGUGGCCUGACCAGACUGAGGAUCUUAAGGCUUUCUACCCGGGCAGUCUACUGGAGACUGGGCAUGAUAUCUUAUUCUUCUGGGUCGCGAGGAUGGUAUUCUUUGGACAGCGACUGUUGGGCAAGCUGCCAUUCAAAGAGGUAUAUCUCCACCCGAUGGUCCGGGACGCGCACGGCCGUAAAAUGUCGAAGUCCUUGGGCAACGUCAUCGAUCCCGUGGACGUGGUGCGCGGUGUCACUCUGGAACAGCUGCAGGAACAGCUGGCCGAGUCCAACCUCGACCCCAAGGAGAUAGAGAAAGCGAAGCAAGGACAGAAGCAGGACUAUCCCAAUGGGAUACCCGAGUGUGGAACUGACGCUUUACGGUUCGCCCUAUGUGCAAUGACUCAAGGUCGAGAUUUGAACCUGGACAUUCUUCGUGUGCAAGGUUAUCGUUUCUUCUGCAACAAACUGUGGAACGCAACCAAGUUCGCGCUAAUGUACUUCCCGCAAGACACCACUUACCAGGUCCACGAGCCGACGUUACCAGAUGAUCUCUCCCUAAUGGACCGGUGGAUGUUGUCUCGGCUGUCGCUGGCCGUGAGCCGCGUGAACGCUGGCUUUAAGGCGUACGAGUUCCCGUCAGCGACCACGCACUGCUACAACCUCUGGUUAUACGACCUCUGUGAUGUUUACUUGGAGUACCUAAAGCCAAUAUUCGCCCAAGGCACCGAACAACAAAAGGCGGCGGCGCGGCGCACCCUGUAUACCACGCUGGAGUACGGUCUGAAGCUGCUGAGCCCCUUCAUGCCGUUCGUCACCGAGGAGUUGUACCAGCGACUGCCCAGAAGCGAUACCAGCUGUCCGUCUAUAUGUGUGGCCAGUUAUCCCACUGACGCAGAGUCGCCAUGGCGUUCAGAAGAUCUCGAAUCUGCUGUGGACUCUGUAAUGAAGAUGGUUCAUCUCAUCCGAUCGACUCGCUCCGAGUACAACAUCACCAACAAGCAGAAGACCACCGUCCACCUCAUUAUCUCGGAUCCUAGAGCCGAACAACUGAAGAAUUUGUUCAAUAAUCUCCAGUCGCUGGCCAAUAGUGAACUCUCCGAUGAGCAGCCUCCGACUGGUUGUUCUAUUUUAACUGUGUCAGAUAAGAUUGAAGUACAUUUGGUUCUGAAGGGUUUGAUUGAUCCCCAAAAAGAAAUAACAAAACUGGAGAAGAAGAAGGAAACAUUAUUUCAAACUAUAAAUAAGUUACAACAAGCAAUAGCAGCCGAGGACUACACCACUAAAGUACCUAUAGAGGUACAAAAGAAUAACACUGAGAAGUUGUCGCAGUCACAGGGCGAGAUCCAGAGAUUAGAAAAAGCUAUAGAAACGCUAAGAAUUAUGUAAAAUCAGAAUUAUUUAUUGUAUUAUACUAGUAAGUAGCAAAAUGUCGACUAUUUCAAUGUUCACUGACCAUUAUAAGGUUUGAUUUUGUUUGGGAUCAUCCAUAAAUUAAGGUCACUAUUUUUGCCCCCCCCAUUCUUGUUCUAGCUGGUCUCUUCCCUAAUGCAACGUCACAUAUUUUACAAAACCUCUAAUAAUAUUAUACCCCCUCCAAUCGAUCCCCCGUCCAAUUCAAACGGGGAUCGAAUUUCGAAAUCGAAUUAACGGCCCGAGCUGAAGUGCGGUGCCCUCAGACUAAAGUCAUAUCCAUCAGGCGGGAGUUGGCCUUCAGCCGCUCCAUAAGUCCUUCCGUGAGUUUGGAGUGCCAUCUGCACUCGUCCCCAUAUCCUCCGAUUAAGUAUUAAAGGCCAGCUAUUAGAGUAUACACAGCAUUAGAGUAGUCCGAAAAGAAAUCUGAUAUACGAUUCAUAAAAUGACAAACGAACUACAGUUUCUACAUUAUCUGUUUACAUUUUAAAAUAUAGAUUAAUAAAAUGUAGUAAUUUGACUUUUACUUGAUCGAAUUAAUCUUCUCUUAAUUUGUGAUAUGAAUUAUGGAUGACCACUUUCUGGAAUAAUUUCCUUAUAUACUAUUGUUUGAAUAUUCAAACCAUAAACUUUUACACACAAAAAUGUAUCUUGUUACUAGUGUAUUAAAACACACUCUUAAGUGCAGAAGAAACAUAUUUAUUUUGGUGGAUUAUUUGUCACUAACUGAAUUAAUUAAUGUGUGUAUAUUUUGUUAAAAGUAUGUAGUUCUUAAGCACAUUUUUAAAUCAACAAUUGAAUGUGGUGUUAUGACGUUUUUUCUAAAUUAAUAGAGGAGCAAUGUGCAGGCACUAUCCUCUGAGUAUUAUAUUUAAAAAAAAUAAAAGUAAAAUUUUCAUAAAUAUAGCAGAAUUGUAAUUUGUCCUUUGCACUUAUAUAAUACUGUUGUAGUUUUAUAAUUUUGAUACCUCUUAGUAAUCAUAGUAUCUAUUUAUUUGUUUUUUACGCAA